GAAAAUCAUUUUCUGUGCUCAACUAAGGAAACGCUAGAACUCUAAAAAUAGGCACGUAGGCACCUUCUUCCACCGUUUCUGCGCGCGUCUCAAUCUCCCCCAUCCACCCAGGGUAGGGACUGCGGGAAGGUCGGUCGAUGUUUGUAACUGCACCAUCGUUUCACACAACACUCGCAACUGCGCAUCCAAGUAGUUUGGACGUGGAAAAUUUCCGCUCUGAGAAACGAUACAAUUCGAAUCCAAAAUCAAAAUGUCCAAAUCAAGUCCGAGCAGCUGUUCAGCGAAUUCUUCGGCCGCGGCGCACAAUGUUUUGGAAAUCGAACAAUGUUUGUUCCCGGUGCCGGAGGAGUUCUUCAUGAAAACCCCAAAGGCGGAAGAGUGCAUUUCGGUGGCAUUUAGUGAAUCGUUGGGAGAAAUUCCGAAAAUUCCGUCGUACACCAGACUGGAGGACCUUCUGUCUCAGGGGUUUUCUACGGAGGUCAUCGACAAGCUCUGCUUCAACGAGAUGCUACUGAUAAGUGCGGACAACGACGAAAUCGUUGGCGGGUUGGCCGUUCAGGUGGAAACCAUCGCAGACGAAGUGGUGGCCGUUUUCUGCAGCUCUCAUUUCUCUAUGGGUGAGGAUAGGACGGCUCGUUCUGAACUGCUGGCCUUGACCGAUAAACAAUUUAACCCAUUUCAGGAGAGAAAGUGUGAAACGGUUCUGGCGGGAGAUUUGAAACAGGAAAAGCAACUGCAGCUGUAUUUCGAAGAAGACCAAAGCGUCACAGCUUUUCGACAGGAAACAGUAGCGGACAAAUGUGAGAGCUUCGAAGGCACUCUCAACGCCGGUGAAGACGGCCUAUUGGUCCCGGAUGGUUUAAACAUUCUGUUCAUGCGAUAUUUGGUUUAUACUGGUUUCACAGGAGAAAUCCACACUCGAACAAUCGACAUUGAAGGUCGCAUCGGGCAUUCCCUGUAUCAAAUUUCCCAUGGUGCACCGAUUGAAAUUGACGGUGCUCUUCAAAAUACCAUGCAAGUAAUUCGGACAAUAUUCUACUCGGACACGGACGAACCGGAAAUCAGUACUAGUCUCUACCUCACCACCGGUCAUUUGGUGCGACACGCGUGGAACAACUCCAAAUAUUCCAUCAUCCUUAAUCCAAGGCAAACAAUCUCGGAAUUUCCGAUCGACGUAGAAGAUCUCUGUACCACAAUGCGUAUUUAUCUGGAAGAACUGGCUAAGCUACUGGAGGGAGCCCCUCAAGACCCAUCCUCCAGAAGUUCCAUUGCAAUGCAGAAGCAAUCGCAAAUCGUGCGGGCAGUGCUUUCGGAAAUUUUGAGAGACGCCACAGAAAAGGCUGCUGCCGUAUCGCGAAGACCAUCGGAAUGUUCCAUGACUUCUACGGCUAUUAGAGAUGUAUUGGUAGAUUUAAUAAAUCAGAUGUCUAUAAUGUAGCACCUAA